AUGAGUUUGUCUUCGAGGGCGGAAGCUCCGCCGAGGAAGAGAUGUGUAGCGGAGAGCCCGCAACCACCAGUUGUUGUUGUGGUUCCGCCGGAGGAAGGCGCCAGCGGCGGAGCGCCGCGGCCUUCUUGGUCAGCGGACCCCCAGGUCCCUCUGAUCCAGGUUGUUGACUGUUUGUGGUUCCCCCGGAGGAUCCCGGGUGGUGAGGGACAGUCGGUGGGGGAGUUGUUGCGCGCGGACCACCGCCCCGUCGAUGUACGAGUGGAGCUGGUGGGUGGUUGCGUAGCGUAUGGUUUCCGAGAGGAGCCCCUCUCGGACUUAGGCAAUCCGCAGUGGGUGGUAGCUCAGGGGAUUUCCCCUGGGUCUGCGGACUUUGUUCUGCAGUCCGAUGUAGCCCGCGUUGUGGGAGAGUGUAGAAGCAGGAACUUUGUGUUAGGGGAGAUCGGACUGGAUUAUUCCGGUCCAGCCACACAGAGGUGCCAGAGAUUUGUGCUGGCGGAGUUCUUCCGCCAGGCCACGUUCAGUACCGGGAUGAUAUUGGUUGUGAAGGGGACCGCGGACGACCCUUUGGGCCGCGUCCCUACCCAAGAUUGCCUUACCCUUAUGGACGGGAUGUUUGUUCCUAUCCUAGUACCCAUCUUUAUCCGUGGUUUCACUGGAGGACCCGAGCAGGUGAAGCUCUGGGUGGAGUCUGGCAGGCCCGUAUUCUUUGGAAUCGGAGGUCAGAUUGCGGAUAUGUCCGCAACCCAGUUGUCGGGAGUCAGAGCUAUUCCUACCGACCGACUGCUAGUCGAGUCGGAUAGUCCUGAGUUUCUUUGUGGAGUUGAAGCGCCGAUGGGCCCCAGGCACAUCGGAGAAGUGUACCGCAGAGUAGCCGCAGCGAGGGGACAGGACGUCGCCUUGCUAGCGGGCCUGGUUCUUAGGAACUUCAGGGUGUUCUUUGGGCCUCAGUUGAGGGGGUCGUUAUAA